CUUUUCGAUUUCUUAUAUUUACUUUCACUGGUGGACACUGUUCCCUCAGUUUGUGUCGAUCCGUGUAAACGAAGCUAUCCAUCUGUACGCAUUAUAAUGAGGAAUCUAAUAAUCACAAUCUUUCUGAUUAGCCCCUGUUUGGGCGAUGUGUCGCAUCUUUUGCCAGAAUAUUCGACAACGACUACUACGACGCCCCCGCCACCUCCCAAGCCUUACAGCUUCGAGUAUCAAGCGGGACGAUAUCCUGGACAAGUAGACAGAGUCCAUCAGGAGCAUGGAGACAGUGCCGGACACGUUCAAGGUUCUUACUCAUUUAUUGACCCGAAACAUAAGGUGCGAACAGUACAGUACACCGCCGACAAAGCUGGAUUUCAUGCAUACUUGAUAAAUUAUGAAGACACGCUUGCUCAACCUGUCGAUUCCGAAGCGGUAAAGCUUGGUAAAGAAAAACACUUUCGUCUUUAUCAGAAGAUAGCGGAAGCGAAUACGCACGGUGUUCCACUUAAUCUUCCCAAGGAUUCUGCAAGUGUACAAAGAGCAAAGGACAGGCAUAGUCAGCUUUACCAAAAGAUUGCAGAAGAACAUAAUGCAAUUGCAGCUCAGAGAGAAGCAGAACGAUUAGCCUAUGAGGCCACUUCUGUUGUUAAUGAUGUUAAUCUGGACCAUGUCUAUUGACCUAAUUUCAUUGUCUAUAUGUUAGAGAGUUGUAUCUCAAAUAAGUAUUAAGAAAUUAAUGUAAACUAUAUUAUCGCUAUUUUAAAUAUUUGAAUAA